AUGGAGGUGGAUGGGGUGAAGGUCGAGGCUGAGGUCGUCAAGGUUGAAGUGGAAGGGGCGGUUGCGCGGGCGGAGGUGGCUGUCGCGGCGGCAGAGGUGAAAGCGGAGGAGGUGAAAGCCGGGAACGGCGCGGCGGCCGGGAAUGGCGGCGGCGGCGGUGAGGGCGGCGGCGGCGGUGAGGGCGGUGCGGGAGGUGAGGGCAGCGGCGGCGGCGGCGGCGGCGGCGUGACGGACGACAUGCGUGUGCUACUGGACUGGCACUGGGCCAAUCUGGAGUACGGCUGCAGCGCGGGGCUGGACGAGGUGUCAUUGGCGCACUGGAACCAGGAUGAGGAGCAGGGCGGCGGCUUUGGCGGGCCCCACUGCAUGGUGGUCGGCGGUUACGACCAGGUGGUCAAGGGAUUGGCCCAGGGCAUCGACAUCCGCCUCAGCACGCAGGUCUCGUCGAUCACAUACGGCCGCGCCCUCGCAGCCGCCCUCGCCGCCGAAAAGGCGACGGCCGGCGCCGACGCGCAGCAGCAGCAGCAGCACCAGCAGCAGCAGCAGCAGCAGCAGCAGCCGCCGCGCGUGCGCGUGCGGACGGCGGGCGGCGAGGCGUUCGAUGCGUCGCUCGUGUUGGUGACGGUGCCGCUGGGGGUGCUCAAAGCGGGGGACGUCAAGUUUGAGCCGCAGCUGCCGGCGUGGAAGGCGGACGCGGUCGCGCGGCUUGGGUUUGGGGACCUGAAUAAGGUCAUCCUGCAGUUUGAGAGCGUCUUCUGGGACGAGUCGCUCGACUACUUCGGCUGCCCGCGGCCGGGGGGCCCGGACGUGCGGGGGCGCUGCUUCCUCUUCUGGAACCUGGCUAGGUUUAAUGGCGGCGUCCCGCUGCUGGCCUCGCUCGUAUCUGGCCGCUCCGCGCGCGCGGCCGAGGCCGCGAGCGACGAGGAUAUGCGCGAUGCCGCGCUGGAGUCCCUCCGCGCCGCUUACGGCGCACGUGUGGCGCCCGUGGUUGCGUCCCACGUGACGCGCUGGGGGUCGGACCCCUUCUCCCGCGGAUCCUAUUCCUAUGUGGCGGUGGGCGCCACGGGCAAGGACUACGAUAAGCUGGCGCUGCCGGUGGAGAGCUGCGUGCUGUUCGCAGGCGAGCACACCACCAAGGAGCACCCGGACACGGUGGGCGGCGCCAUACUCACCGGCCUGCGGGAGGCGGCGUCGGCGCUGCGGCUGCUGCGCGGCAGCGACGGCGACGGCGAGGGCGGCGCGGCGGCGGCGGCGGGCAAGGCGCGGCGGCGGAAGGCGGCCGACAGCGACGACGGCCCGUCCGGCAAGGAGGACAAGCGCUCCCAGAAGCGGGCCCGCAAGGAGCCGAACAAGGAGAAGCGGCGGCGCGGCACCGGCGACGAGGGCGGCAGCGGCAGCGGCAGCGGCGACGGGGAGGGGGAGGAGGAGGGCGGCGGCGCGGCCGGCAAGGGGGGGAAGGCCGGGGGCCGCCAGGCGCGCUCCUCGCGGGCGCGGGCCAGCCUGUUUGAGGACCUUGAUGCCCAGGUGGCCCUCGCGCAGAGCAGGGAGGGCGCGGUGGAG